AUGUCGGCCGGAUUGACCUUUGACGAACGUGUGUGGAUGCAUCUGUACCAUCACUUAGUACUGGCGGUAAUAGAUUAUAAUGGUUCCGUCAUCGAGAGGCUUGAUGAUGCGACACUGCACAGGGCCUUCUAUGACUUCUUCCCCUACUCAUUAGAACGCUCGAUCUUUGAGCUGGACAGCUUGCGCAACGUCCUUCUUCCCGAACUCAUGGGCCAAUUUCAUCGCUGGCCAAUAGAGGCGAGUCGGGGCCUUGAAGUUGACAUUCCUGAUAUUACGGCAGAAAUGGUGGAAGAAUAUGCAUGCAUCGCAUGCGUAGAUGGACUGACGCUACCCGAUUUGCCCGGUGUGGACUUUGGUGAGUUGUGGGCAUUCCUCAACGACAAAGUACAAAACCAGUACUUCGUUCAGCCGCACGAUCUACUGGCAUCAAAUUUGCUCAACUCUGUUUCAGAGAAUGAAGCUAGCAGUGUCUUGACACAUACGCCGCACGAUGAUAGCUUCGAUCACGGCAAUGUAGACUCGGAUGCAGGAGUUGCCCCAAGCAGCAAACAUGCAAAGGAAACAUUCGAGAUACUACCUUCUGGAGGCGUGCGCGCUCGAUUCAGUUUAGUGAACGAAGGCAAAGAAUACGUACAGAUCGAUCAUCUGCCUAAGAAGAAGCCUGGCCUCACAAGCGGAAGUUCGGAUACCUACAUCAUGCCAAAUCCGUCGAAGCACACGGUGCCUAUCCUGAGAUCAGGCCAACAGUGGACGAGGAAAAGCUCCAAGGAAUUUGUCUGGGUCAGCGGCGACGAAGAAUGGGCCAUGAAAGCCAUCUUCAGGGUUUUUCGCAAAGACAACCACGAAUACGUGAAGUACCGUCAUCCCGAAGCAUGCUUCCAAUCUGCCGUCGACCCGAAUGACAAAGACUGGAGAACUUAUUACAACAAGACGCUUCGUAAGAUCGUCGAUGAUUGCCAAUCUGACUACGUCUCAGAUGUCAAGAGGGCGCGAUGGACCGAAGACGAACAACGCGCCAUAUACCGCAGCAUCAACAAGUGGUGCAAGGAGCACGGUGUGCACAACUUUCCACCUAGGGAUCUCCAAAGCCUCUACAGGCAAGUCACCAAGGACGUCAACAAAGAGUGUCACGAGGGAGAUAAAGAUGCAUGCCGCAGUGAAGACGCUGUGAGAUCCCAGGUUCAACGCGGUCUGAAAGGAGAAGGCAAUAAAACUUCUCCUAUCACCGACUUGGUUCACAGGGCUACUCGGAUCAAGGGAGAGAUGGAGAAUGGCGUCAAGUUCUCGAAGGCAAAGCUGUAUCCCGAUAAUGCUAUCACGAUACCUGGAAAAAAGUGA